GUUUCCGCAAAACAAACCUAGCUAGCUCCACAUCGGCCUUUCCUGAUUAUCCUCGAUCUUUGGGAGCCAAGAUCCAGGAGACGGUCAAUAGAUGGCUAGUCGAGGCACUCUGCUAUUUGCGGCACUAGCUGUCAUCCUGUCACUUCUUGUGAAGCCCAUCUCCUGCUGGUCCUCCGGCGGCGCGACGUGGUACGGGAGCCCUUACGGCGCCGGCAGCGACGGUGGCGCGUGCGGCUACCAAGGCGCCGUCAGCCAACGCCCGUUCAAGUCGAUGAUCGCCGCCGGCGGACCCUCCUUCUUCAAGAACGGCAAAGGCUGCGGCGCAUGUUAUCAGGUUAAGUGCACCGGCAACAGCGCCUGCUCCGGUCGCCCAGUGACCGUCGCCAUCACGGACUCCUGCCCUGACGGCAUAUGCGCCUCGGGGAAUCACUUCGACAUGAGCGGCACCGCCUUCGGCGCCAUGGCGUACCGGGGGAAGGCCGAUCGCCUCCGCUCCGCCGGACAACUCAAGAUCAGUUACAAGAGGGUGCCGUGCAAUUACAACGGCAUGAAGAUUUCCUUCAAGGUGGACGCGGGCUCCAACCCGUACUACCUCGCCGUGAUGGUCAUGUACCAGGCCGGCGACGGGGACCUCUCCGCCGUCGACGUCAUGCAGCGCAGCGGCAAGCCGUGGACGAGGAUGCAGCAAUCGUGGGGCGCAACGUAUAUCCUCAACUCCAACGACGGGAAGCCUCUGCGCGCGCCGUUCUCCUUCAGGCUCACCUCGGGCUCCGGCAAGGUGCUCAUCGCCACCAACGCCAUCCCCGCCGGAUGGUCGGCCGGGAUGAGCUACCGCUCCUCGGUGAACUACAGAGCCUAAGUCAGUUUUAGCCGAGCGAUCAGAUCUAGCUGCACGGUUUGUGGAGCUCUUGCCUUGUCAACGGGAUUCGGUAUGCGCGUCCGGGAAUUGUGAGCGGCCGUGCAAAAGAGGAGGAGACCAAGUGUUUUUCUUGGCCUCUUCACGGCCACUGGCUUGCAGUUAUUUUCCAAGUGAUGACGUAGAGCGCUCGAUGAUGUUUUUUUUUUUUGGUUUUUAUGCAACCUCAUAGUUUUCACGUGUUAUCGCAGGGAAAUUGUAGAGGUGGAGUCACAGCAAAACAAGCUGAUGUACUACUAGUUAACUUUGUUGGAUCCAUAUAUAUAAAGGCGUAAAGCCCGGUCUUAAUUUGUU